AUCAUAAUUUUGCCAGAAAAACAUUGUGGAAAAGUUUAAAACAAGCAGAAAAUAAUAAUAAAAUAAUUUGGAUUUCAUAAAAAAACAUCCGAGGUGGUCUGGCUCGUGUUAACAGCAGUGAAUGAGCGAAAGACGCGCCUAAAAUGUCCGAAAACAAUCAGCCACUUAUUAAUUGAGUAACAACACAACUUGUGCACUUUUCACAAACCAAAUACAAAACGCAUACAAUUUAUUGACUCCAAAUUGUAUCGAAGAAGUCUUUCAAGCUUUGAAAAACUGUUCGGUAUUGACAAAUUCAUAACAAUAUAUUUCAACAGAUUUUGAUUUCAUUGUUUUUGCCAGACAUUUGCGUAUAAACGAUAGAGUUAUUUUAUUUCAAUAGAGAUUUUGUUUUCCCGGUCGUACCUUUGUUACACUUAUACUUGUUUACGUACAUAUGUACAUACAUGCAACGUAUAACGGCUUGUAAAGCUAUUUAAACGUAGUGGGAUAUAACGUAAAAUUGCAUUGUUUAUAUUAAGAACGUUUUAUUUUCGUAAUAAUGGCGGCAUAUUUGAAUCGCACUAUUUCGAUGGUGACUGGAAAUGGCGCCAAUGCAAACAACGGCGCAACGUCUUCGAACUAUAAUCCAAACGCGCUGAUGGUUGAAAAUCGUACCAUGCAAAAUGCUAUUGCUGACAAAUCACCAUUGCAGGUCUUCGUAAGAGCCAAGAAGAAGAUCAAUGACAUCUACGGCGAGAUAGAGGAGUAUGUUAUUGAAACAACACAGUUUAUUAAUGCACUGCAUUCGGAAGCAGAAAUUGUGGACAAGGCGGAACGUGAACUUUUCGAGAGUUAUGUACACAAAGUGGCCGCUAUACGUGAGGUACUUACCAGAGAUCACAUGAAGGUCGCUUUCUUUGGACGUACAUCGAAUGGCAAGAGUUCCGUAAUUAAUGCUAUGUUGCGUGAAAAGAUUUUGCCCAGUGGCAUUGGCCAUACGACAAACUGUUUUUGUCAAGUUGAAGGCUGUGAUGGGCAGGAAGCAUAUUUGAUGAAGGAGGGUUCGGAUGAGAAACUUAAUGUGGUGAAUAUCAAGCAAUUAGCUAAUGCGCUAUGCCAGGAGAAACUUAGCGAAAGUUCAUUGGUACGCAUUUUCUGGCCUAGAGAGCGUUGCAGUUUAUUGCGUGACGAUGUCGUCUUCGUGGACUCGCCUGGUGUGGAUGUUUCAGCCAAUUUAGACGAUUGGAUCGAUAACCACUGCAUUAAUGCCGACGUGUUUGUGCUUGUUUUGAACGCCGAGUCAACUAUGACACGCGCUGAGAAACAAUUCUUUCACACUGUCUCGCAGAAGUUGUCGAAACCGAAUAUUUUCAUACUGAACAAUCGUUGGGAUGCCUCGGCUAAUGAACCGGAAUUUCAAGAUUCGGUUAAGUCACAGCACACAGAGCGUUGCAUUGACUUUUUGACGAAAGAGCUGAAAGUUAGCAAUGAAAAGGAAGCAGCCGAACGUGUAUUCUUCGUAUCAGCACGCGAAACGCUACAGGCACGCCUCGAGGAAGCUAAAGGCAAUCCACCACAUUUGGGCGCCAUCGCCGAAGGCUUUCAGGUGCGUUACUUCGAAUUCCAAGAUUUCGAGCGCAAAUUCGAAGAGUGCAUCUCGCAAAGCGCCGUCAAAACUAAGUUUGAGCAACACAGCUCGCGCGGCAAAAGUCUGUCCGGUGACAUGUGCUCCAUGUUGGAUAACAUACACGAGCGUACAACUAUAUUCAGAAAUUUGAAAAUGGAUCAGAAAACCCUGCUGACGGAGCGCAUACAAGGCACCGAAACGCAAAUGAUGCAAGUGACCCGAGAUAUGAAGCUGAAGAUACACAAUAUGGUUGAGGAGGUGGAGCAAAAGGUGUCGAAGGCGCUCAAUGAGGAAAUUUGGCGUUUGGGCGUGCUGAUCGAUGAAUUCAAUAUGCCAUUCCAUCCGGAACCCUUGGUAUUGAAUAUCUAUAAGAAGGAACUCAACUCGCAUGUCGAAUCCGGUUUAGGUUCGAAUUUGCGCGCUCGACUCUCCAUGGCAUUGGCCAUGAAUGUGGAGGCGGCACAAAGGGAGAUGACAGAUCGCAUGUACACUUUGGUGCCGAAUGAGAAGGUCGUCGUGCAAACGAAAAUCGCCACACGCACACAACCCUUCGAAAUGCUAUACUCACUCAAUUGCCAGAACUUAUGUGCAGAUUUUCAGGAAGAUCUCGAGUUCAAAUUUUCUUGGGGCAUUACAGCGAUGAUUCAGCGUUUCACCGGUAAAGUCAGAGAGCGCAGUAAGAAGGGACCGGCGGCAUUAUUGAAUCGGCCAAGCAGUAUUGGUAAUAUAUCGCCUUCAACACCCGGCACUGAUACACCGUUAUGUCUGAUACCACGUCCAGUUGGCGGCAUUACACAAGAGCAGCUCUCGGUUAUCUCACGCUUUGCAUUGGCAUCUGUUGGCUCGCAGGGCACCGUGGGUGGUCUAAUUGUGGCUGGAAUUAUGCUGAAGACAAUUGGUUGGCGCGUAUUACUCGGUGUUGGCGCGCUGUAUGGUUGUAUAUAUUUGUAUGAACGCUUGUCAUGGACUAAUUCGGCGAAGGAGCGUGCAUUCAAGUCGCAAUAUGUGCGUCAUGCCACCAAAAAGCUAAAAAUGAUUGUCGAUCUCACAUCGGCGAAUUGCAGUCAUCAAGUGCAACAGGAAUUGUCCAGCACCUUUGCGCGCCUCUGCCGUCUGGUUGACAAUGCCACAACCGACAUGAAUGACGAACUCAAAAGCCUUGAAUCCCAACUCACUGUUCUGGAGUCCAAUCAGAAACAGUUGAAAUUGCUGCGCAACAAGGCCAACUAUAUACAAAACGAACUGGAUAUUUUCGAAAACAAUUAUAUUAGGAUAAAUUAGCUAUAAAUUUAGUUGGACAGAAAUAAUAGUGCAUGCGUUCGUCGAUUUUCGGAAUUUUUCGCAUGCGUGUGUGUAGUGAAAUUGAAAGCUAUAAAGCAAAUAAUGUUUGUUGUUUUUAAGUGAAUUUACACAAUUUAUACGCUAUUUCCAUAUAACCAGUGUCAGUUUGUCGGCAUACUAAAUGUAAUUGUGUAUGCUGUUUACCUUUUACAUUAAUCCAAUUAUUUUUUGAAUUUUCAUCUUCAUAAAAUCAUAUUUAACUUUAUUCAGCAACACUCUACUGUGUAUUAAUUAUGUUGCUCAUAUUUAUAUGCAUUAUAUUUAAAGAAUUACGUUUUCUCUUCUACUGUGACACCCUGUGCGGUGAAGAGCAUUUGGCGGUUUGGCAAUUGUAUAAGUAGUCUCUAACGAUAUCUCUUUAACUAUUGUAUUGUUUUUGUUAAUAGCAAAAUGCUAACACUGAACUAUUUUGUUUAAAUGAUGUACAUAUACUAUAUUUGAUGAAAACUAUUUAGCUAAGUGACUGUAACAAGCUAAACGAACAGUUUAAUAAAAUUGAGCAAAAAAAGAAAA